AUGGGUGGUUUUCGUGCUGUUGAAGAUCGGCCAACCCCGAAAGAGGUGUACAAUUCUCGAUUAUACUUCGAGGCCAGCGUGAUCGCAUUUGGUGCUUUACUCUUCGGAUAUGACUCCGCCUUCAUUGGAACAACAAUCGCCCGGAAAAGCUUUGUGGCAGACUUCCAUGUAGAAAAAGCCCAUGCCAAAAGUAUAUCAAGCAACAUCACAUCGGCUUUCCAGGCUGGUGCAUUCUUCGGCGCUCUUUUCUGUCUUCCCGUGACAGAAAAAGUGGGACGAAAAUGGGCUCUGCAGCUGAACGUCUUGGUGUUCAUUAUCGGCGCCGUGAUAAUGACUGCUGCUCAAGGCCAGCUUUCUUAUAUCUACGCUGGAAGAGUACUGACUGGGCUUGGUUGUGGAGCCAUUACUGCUACAGUCCCAUCGUACAUCGCCGAAUUGUCUAUCUCUUCAAUUAGAGGUAUUCUUACCGGUUUGUUCGAGGUCACCUACCAAGUCGGAUCGCUGAUCGGCUUCUGGAUCAAUUAUGGAAUCAAUAAUCAUAUGUCUGUCACGAGUUCAGCAAGCUGGCGAGUCCCCAUGGCAGUGCAAUUGAUCCCUGCAGUGCCCCUCUUCGUCUGUGGAUUCCUGCUCCAUGAGAGUCCGCUAUGGUUGAUGCGAAAGGGUAAAGUCGAACAGGCUCAUAAAGCUCUGGAGGAGUUGAGAAAGAUUCCAGCCGAUCAUCCAUACAUCAAGGAAGAGCUGGCCACGAUUCAAGAGAGACUUGACGACGAGGCUGCCAUCACCUCAAAGUAUGGCAGCGGGCUUUGGGGCUACUUCCGUGGUGCAUUGCAUGAGUUCUCGAAGAAGGGCAUGCGCAACCGUGUCGGGCUCGUCUUUUGUGCAUUCGCACUUCAAAACCUCUCAGGAGCUGCUGCGAUCAACUAUUACUCGCCCACCCUGUUUGGAUCUCUCGGUGUAACAGAUGUUGCAUUGUAUACUGGAAUCUACGGAUUGGUGAAAGCUGUUGCUUCAAUCAUUUACUACGUGGCCCUCAUCGACAUGGUCGGUCGACGACGACCAGUUAUAAUCUCUUCCAUCGCUUGUUCGCUCUGCUUGUGGUUCGUUGGAGCCUACGUCAAAGUCGGACAUCCUGCCACCAUCUUGGCCGCUGGCGGUGAGCUUUCUCCCUCGACUGCAGCCGGAGGCCGGGCCGCUAUCACGAUGAUCAUGAUAUAUUCAGUUUUUUGGUCUUUUGGCCUGAACGGUAUUCCAUGGAUUGUUUCGGCCGAAAUCUUCCCCGGCGCAUUGCGCAACAUCACCGGCACAUAUGCUGCACUCGUACAAUGGGCGGUUCAAUUUAUCAUCACCAAAGCUCUGCCAUAUAUCUUUGCCUCAUUCGGCUUUGGUACUUGGUUCUUCUUCGCCUGCUGGAUGUUGACUGCCAGUUGUUGGGCCUUCUUUUUCCUUCCAGAGACGAAGGGAGUCACUAUUGAUCAGAUGGAUAUCAUCUUUGGUUACAAUCACGAUACUAAGUACAGGAUUCCACGAACGAAAAUGACAAGAGAUAUGGUUCCCACCGUGCACAACCAAGCUCCUACAUACAAAACAUCUGCAAUUGAGCACACUGAAGAGGUCACCAAAGACAUUGAAGCUGGUCGUUAG